AUGAAACAAAUUGACGAGCAGUGUGAUGAUAGCGCAGAAUCAUUCUAUCUACCCUACCAUUGCGUUUUCAAAUAUACAGCAAGUUCAAGCAAAAUACGGGUAGUCUUCGACGCUUCGAGCAAAAGCUCAACUGGGGUGUCAUUGAACGACGCGCUCAUGGUAGGCCCUACGGUACAGCAAGACUUAUUUUCGAUUUUUCUGCGAUUUCGUACCUUCCGCUUCGUCAUGGCGGCGGACAUUAUUAAAAUGUACCGUCAAAUUAUAGUGCACCCUUCACAAACGUGCUAUCAACGCAUUUUUUGGCGAGACAAUCCUACCUCCGAAAUUGAAACGUACGAACUCAUCACUGUGACAUACGACACAUCUUCUGCCUCGUAUUUAGCCACGAGAUGCCUCAAAUGGCUAGCUGAACAAUAUACAAACGAUUUUCCCAUACGUUCUACGUGUGUAGGACGAGAUUUCUAUGUAGAUGACGUUUUAACUGGAGCAGAUACAAUUAGCGAGGCAAAAAUACUGCGAGAGCAAACAAUUCAGUUAUUGCGUUCAGGAGCCUUCGAACUCAGCAAAUGGGCAUCUAAUUGUCCGGACCUGUUGGCGGACAUUAACGCGCAAAACGAUGGUGUCUUCACAAUUGACACAGGCAUGGAGACGUCCAUAUUAGGAGUUCAUUGGAAUCAAUUCCAAGAUACUUUCCAUUUCUCAUACAAAUCUGACCACAACCAAUCAACCGUAUCUAAGCGGAUCAUUCUAUUUGAAGUCUCCAGACUCUUCGAUCCACUCGGGUUAUUGGGUCCAAUUAUCGUUCUAGCUAAAUUGAUUUUGCAAGAGCUCUGGCAAUUAGGCAUCCACUGGGACAAAUCUGUCCCGCAGGAUCUUCAUUCGCGCUGGUUGAAACUCAAAUCACAAUUAUCUAGCAUCAAUCAGAUUUGCAUCCCACGUUGCGUCAAGCUUGACACAAAUCCGCAAUCAACACAAAUUCACGGUUUUUGUGACGCGAGCAAACAUGCCUACGGAGCGUUAAUAUACCUGCGAACUAAGCUAAGAAACGAUGCAUAUUACACCGAAUUGUUAUGUUCUAAAUCUCGUGUCGCGCCCCUGAAGGCUUUUUCUCUACCGCGUCUUGAACUGUUGGCGGCGGUACUGUUAGCCAGGCUAGUAAAAAAGAUCGAUACAGCAUUCAGCCUCUCUGAUAUACAAACCUUCUUAUGGUCAGACUCCACAAUAGUCCUGAUUUGGAUAGUUUUGCCAUCGCGAAAAUGGUCUACUUUCGUAGCCAACCGAAUCAGCGAGAUUCAAGGGGCUACAAAUCUCAACAGUUGGCGUCACAUCAGGGGGUCGAUUGCGUAUUCCAAAACCUAG